CUCCUCCUUAACUAGACUUCCAUUCCUGACCCAUGUUACGCCGUUAGUGUUACCCUUCAACAACUACUCUCUCUCUCUCUCUCUGGAGUCUGGAUUUAUAUACUUAUAUCCACAGCUAGCCCGCCACGCUGAUUGAGCAACGACGCACACACAACACAAGAAUCUGAGUCUGCAGCAAUGGCGUUAAAAGUUCUCUCCGCCCUUGACACUGCGAAAACGCAGUACUACCACUUCAAAGCAAUCAUAAUCGCCGGCAUGGGUUUGUUUACGGAUGCCUACGACCUUUUCUGCAUCCCUCCAAUCAUGAGACUCAUCGGACGUAUUUACUACGAUGAACACAAAGUCCCCCCGGUUGUCAACUCCACCAUGAUUGGCAUGGCCCUUUUGGGCACGGUGAUUGGCCAACUCGUCUUUGGACGACUCGGCGAUCAAUUGGGUCGGCGAAGAGUGUACGGAGUGGCAUUGAUUCUCAUGGUGAUGAGCUCUAUCGGGUGUGGAUUUUCUAUAUGCGCGUCCGAGAGGGCAUGCGUGUUGCUGAGUCUUGGGUUCUUUAGGUUCUUAUUGGGUGUGGGCAUUGGAGGGGAUUAUCCUCUGUCGGCGACGAUCAUGUCGGAGUUUGCUAACAAGAGGACACGAGGAGGGUUCAUAGCCGCCGUUUUCUCGAUGCAGGGCUUUGGGAUUCUUGUAAGUUCGACGGUGACGAUGGUGGUUUGUGCUAUAUUUGACAGGGUGUCGAAUCCGCCCAAAGGCAAGGCGCCGGAGGUGGCGGAUUUGGCGUGGAGAUUCAUACUGAUGAUCGGUGCAAUCCCGGCCGGCAUGACGUUUUACUGGCGUAUGAUGAUGCCUGAGACUGCCAGGUAA